AUGCACCGGCGGAGGGAGCGUUUUGGGCGGGCGGCACCCCGACGGAGGGAGCGUUUUGGGAGGGCGAUGCACCGGCGGAGGGAGCGUUUUGGGCGGGCGGCGCCCCGGCGGAGGGAGCGUUUUGGGCGGGCGGCGCCCCGGCGGAGGGAGCGUUUUGGGCGGGCGGCGCCCCGGCGGAGGGAGCGUUUUGGGCGGGCGGCGCCCCGGCGGAGGGAGCGUUUUGGGCGGGCGGCGCCCCGGCGGAGGGAGCGUUUUGGGCGGGCGGCGCCCCGGCGGAGGGAGCGUUUUGGGCAGGCGGCGCCCCGGCGGAGGGAGCGUUUUGGGCGUGUGGAGCUGCACGCAUGCCCGCUGCCUGGGAACAAGCUGUUUGGAGUGUUAUCAGGGACCAUCUGCCUCUGCAAUCUCCAGAUGGGCACGGCUGGGCACAGAGUUGCACUACAGCUACAAGCGGAGCAACCGGCAGGCAGCAGAUCUGCAGACAUGUCCUUCCUGGAGGCCGACCUGUCCUGUCCCGUGUGCUUCGAGACCUUCCAGGAGCCGGUGGUGCUCCCCUGCAGCCACAGCUUCUGCAGAGACUGCCUGGAGAAGAGCUGGAGGACCAGCAGCAAGCCCGAGUGCCCGAACUGCCGGAAAGCCUAUCCUCUGGGCUUCAGGCCUCCCGCCAACCUGGCACUGAGGAACAUCGCGGAGGCCUAUCUGAAGCAGCAGCAGGAGGACCAGGCGGCGGUAUGGCAGGGGGAGGCUGGGCCUGCUGGGAGGGGGCGGACCCCGAGCGGGGCAGCGGAGAGAGAUGCCGGGGCCUGCUGUAGCAUACAUGGGGAGAGGCUGCUGCUCUUCUGCAAAGUGGACCGGGAAGCCCUCUGCACAGUGUGCCAGACCUCCAGAAAGCACCUUGGCCACCAGCUCUGUCCCCUGGAUGAGGCCAUUCAGGAUCUGAAGGAGGAAGCCAAGGCAAGUCUAAAACCACUGAGGGAGAAGCUGGAGUCUUUCCAAAAGGUGAAGCAGGACUGCGAGAAGGCGCUGGAGCAUAUCAAGACUCAGUCCAACCAGACGGAGCGUCAGAUUAAGGCGGAGUUUGAAGCACUGCGCAACUUCCUGAUGACAGAAGAGCGAUGCAGGAUUGCGGCCCUGAAGGAUGAAACGGAGAGCAAGGGCAGGGCUAUGAAGGAGAAGGUCGAGGAACUGACGGCCCACAUCGCUUUGCUCUGCAACAGCAUCGCAGUGGCCGAGCGCGAGACAGAGGCCCACGCCCUGACCAUGCAGGAUUUCAACACUAACAGCAGAAGGGCUCUCUGUGCUCGUCUGAACCCACAGAUGCCGUCCGGAGCGCUGAUCGACGUGGCCAAGCAUCUGGGCUCACUGCGCUUCAGAGUCUGGGAGAAGAUGCUGGAAACCGUGCAGUACAGCCCAAUCACCUUGGACCCCAACACGGCGACCCCCUGGCUGUCCAUUUCGCCGGACCUGACGGCAGUGUGGUAUGCUGGGGAGCAGCCACAGCUACCCGACAACCCGGAACGGUGCGACCUGUGCGUGUGCGUGCUGGGUGCCGGGGGCUUCGUGGCUGGACGGCACUGCUGGGAGGUGGAGGUGGGCGAUAAGACCAAGUGGGACCUGGGGGUGCUCUGGGAGUCCGUCCAGCGGAAGGGCAUGCUCCAAGUAAACCCGGCUCAUGGCUUCUGGGCGCUGGCCCUCCGGGAUGGCUGCCAGUACAGCGCCUGCACCCAGCCCUGGACACCCCUGACCCUACAGCAGAAGCCCCAGAGGAUCCGUGUCCUGCUGGACUAUGACAAGGGCCAGGUGUCCUUCUUCAACGCCAAUAACAUGUCCCACAUCUACACGUUUAGGGAUCGCUUCCAUGACAGGAUCUUCCCGUUUGUCUCGCCGUGCGUCAGCGAGAACGGACGCAACACACAGGCUCUGAGGAUCUGCCCAGCCAAGGUAUCCAUACUGCACCAAUAGAGGCCUUCACAUCUCAAUGGCACAGAGGCAUCAACCCAAAGGGCCAAGCACUGCCGCUCUGGUUUAAACCCAUAGAUCUAUGCUGAAUACAUUUAAAUAAUAUGGGGAGUAUAUAGUAAUAUAGAAAUCUUAAGAUAUAUAGAUGGAGUAGAGUAUGUUACUAUUAGUCUGCAUACCAUGAGUUUAAAGUAAAGGUUGGUCUGUUAUUUUUCUAUCUGCAAUAAAAUCUCACAAUUGCACCUUGA